AUGAGAUCGCACGGACAACAAAUCUCUGACCGUUUGACCGUUGAAGUCGACUGCCACUCUCUGGGCCCCAGUGAAUGCCCCUCGAUGACCUCGAGCUUCUCUCCUUUGGACUCUCCAACUCCUACGCCAACCAGCAUCUACAGCCAAGGCUCCAUGGCUUCACCUGGGUGGCCCGAAUCCGGGCAAUAUCACCACAGCAUGCCCAUGGAGCGCCGCACUUCGCAGACCCCAUUGCGCAGCGCUUUCAAGAUGGCCGACCUCACCUCCAACGACGGCAUGAUGAACAUGCCCUGUGGUAACAUGGACCGCCAAGAGCAAAUUCCUCUUCCCGAGUACCUGCCCGGAUAUGACGACAACGUCGACCAGCUCUGGCUUCCUCAGGAUGUCCCCAAGACGUACCAAGAGUCUCAAUUUCCUUACCAGGCCCAGAUGCCUCAGUACAGCCAAAUGGCUCGCAACUACUACCACCGACCUCAGCAGGCUGGAUAUCUUCCAGAAUCUGCUUCCAAUCCUUGCCUCUCACGGCCAAUCUUCAACCAAUCCACCGACCGGAUGCCCAACUCCGCCUCAAUGAGCAACAUGUUCCCAUGGAUGCCCUCGCAGGAAAUGGUCCCGCAGACCAUCACUCCUUCGCAGGCCAUGCACUCUCCUAUGACGCCGCCACAUUCUUCUUACUCUGAAUUCCCCACCCACAUCCCUACCUACAAGGCCCACACUCCUUCCACCCCUCACCGCUCGGUCUCCAUGGGCACCCCGUCUGGAUCCGACACUCCCAUCAGCCGGAUGUCCCACGGCGAAUAUCCCGACGAGUUCCAGCUCUCACCCGUCUACCGCGAUGGUCUGAUCCAACGCCACCGCCAGCCCUCCCGCAAGCCUUCCAAGAAACAGCUCCUUCGAUCUACGCUCAGCCUCGAGAACCUCCCGCCGAUCAUCAAGCAGGUGCAGUUCAAGUGCAAGGAGCCCGGCUGCAAGGGCCGUUUCAAGCGCCAGGAGCACCUCAAGCGCCAUAUGAAGAGCCACUCUAAGGAAAAGCCCCACGUCUGCUGGGUUCCUGGGUGCCACCGUGCAUUCUCCCGCAGCGACAAUCUCAAUGCUCAUUAUACAAAGACCCACAGCAAGCGAGGUGGUCGCAAUCGUUAUGUCGCCACCCUCGACGAGACCAGCCCCGACUUCGAUCCCGACUUCCGGGGUCAACUUACCGCCGACGGACGCCCCAUGUACGGCACCAAGCUUGAAGAUGCUAUUCCUGACUGCGGCGAGCUUAGCGUCGAUGGCUGGGACGACUAA